AUGUACUUUGGUUCAAAGAAAUGUAGCAAUAAAAUGAAACGACAAUGCUGUAAUAAUUCCUUUUCUAAAUUUAUAUUAUUCUCAAUGAGCUGGGAUACAAUUGGAUGCUUUUUUUUGAUUGAUGGAAAUUUGAACCAAUCAGCGUCUUACAUCUCAUCCAUUGUAGCUCGGAUUGACCAAUCAUCGUGCGCGCUUGGGGAGGGGUUUUGUUUGUUUUGGUCCCGCCUCUCUCAUGGACACCCUGCCUCAAAGAGACAGAGAGAGGAGCAUAAAUACAUCUCAGGCGUGUUUCAUUUCCAGUUUGUUUUCUGCUCUGAUUUUAUCCUCUUGUGUUAUUUAACUCUCAUGGCUGGUUUUGUGUCUCGUCUCUUCUUCCUGUGUGUGUUCUUGGCUGUGGUUUGGAGCUCUGUCCUGGCUGGGCGCAGUGAUGUGAUGGAGCUGAAGGACUUGGAUUUUGACUACACAGCCGCCGAGCAGGAGACCAUGCUGGUUAAAUUUUAUGCUCCCUGGUGUGGCCACUGCAAGAAACUCGCUCCUGAGUUUGAAGCUGCUGCUAGAAGACUUAAAGGCAUUGCAACUUUAGCCAAGGUGGACUGUACGUCAAACACCGAGGUUUGUGGGCGAUUCGGGGUCACCGGAUACCCUACUCUUAAAAUAUUUAAGAACGGAGCGGAAACAUCGACAUAUGAUGGGCCUCGUUCAACAGAUGGAAUCGUGGACUACAUGAAAAAGCAGGCGGGUCCCGACUCCAUACUGCUGAACGCUGAAAAAGACCUGGAGGACUUCAUCAACCACUUUGAUCCGAGUGUAAUCGGAGUGUUUGAGAGCAGCGACAGUCCUCAGCUGGCGGAGUUUCUCAAAGGAGCCAGUCUAAUGAGGGACAGCUUCCGCUUCGCUCAUACCAUCGACCUGCAGCUCGGCCUCAAACACGACCUCACGACAGAGGGUAUCCUGUUAUUCAGGCCUCCCAGGUUGGCCAGUAAGUUUGAGGACAGCGUGGUACUGCACAGAGGCCCGUUUUCCAUCACUGGUUUACGGCGCUUCAUCAGGGACAACAUUUAUGGAAUCUGCCCACAUCUUACCAAAGAAAAUAAAGAUCAGCUGGGGAAGAGAGACCUGCUGACAGCGUAUUAUGACCUGGAUUAUCUACACAACCCCAAAGGCUCCAACUACUGGAGAAACAGAGUAUUAAAGGUGGCAUCUCAGUACAAGGAUCACGGCCUGCACUACUCCGUGGCUAACCGGCAAGACUUUAUGGACGCGCUUGAAGAAGAGUACGGUCUGGGUACAACAGAAGGAAGUGACGUGCCGUUUGUGACCAUCAGGACCCGAUUGGGACACAAAUACACCAUGCAUGAAGAGUUCACGCGGGAUGGAAAGUCUUUAGAAAGGUUUUUGGAGGAUUAUUUCGCUGGCAGACUGAAGCGUUACAUAAAAUCAGAGCCUGUACCCAGUAACAACAACGGACCAGUCAAGGUGGUUGUUGCAGACACGUUUGAGGAGAUUGUGAAUAAUCCAGAGAAAGAUGUACUGAUUGAGUUUUAUGCUCCAUGGUGCGGCCACUGCAAGAAACUCGAACCGAAAUAUGCCGAACUUGGACAGGAGCUUUUCAACGACCCCAACAUUGUGAUUGCAAAAAUGGACGCCACUGUGAACGACGUCCCACAAGGCUAUGAUGUAGAAGGAUUUCCCACAAUAUAUUUUGUUCCUGCUUUGAGGAAGGAUGAACCAAGACGAUAUGAGGGGGGCCGUGACGUGAAGGACUUCCUCAGCUUCUUGAAACGGGAAGCGACCAACCCCUUGGUGCUUAAGGGAGCGAAGGAAGAAUUGUGAUGCAUCAUGAAUGCAAAGGGGAAUGCUGGGAAAUGGGGUUUGUUUUAUCCGCUUCAUUUGUCUUGUGUUAUUAUGAAGGUCACACGGGUCCUCCAGAGGUUCAUAUCUUUUCAGAAAGACGGGCAACAUCUAAUACAAUCUGUAAUGAUGGCGUAGAUGGUGACAAGAGACACAUGGGAAUCACCAAAGUGUUGUAUUUCAUAUUUAAAGAAUAACAAAAAGUGAUGGGAGCAACUCAACUCAUAAAUGUGUGGUGUCCUGGGAAUAUGGAGCCCCCUAAGGGUCAUAGUGGGGAUUUUUUUUUCUCUUAAAGGGGAACUGAAGUCAUUUUUAAACUUGCUUUAUUUCUUAAUUAACGUGUUAUUAACCCCGCCGACAGUAGUCGGAGGGGUUAUUAUUUUCACCUGCGUCAGUCUGUGUGUGUGUGUAUCUGUCUGUCUGUGUGUCUGCAAGAUAUCUCAAGAACCAAUGGAUCGAGUUGGACCAAAUUUUGUACAUGUGUUGCCAAUCACCCAGGAAGGAAACCAUUAAAUUUUGGAGGUCAAAGGUCAAGGUCAUGGCAGAACUUCGAAAUUUUCGUCCAAUGUAUUUUAAUAGGGAAAAGGCGGGGUUUGCACUCGUUAGAGUGUCCCUGUCUAGUUCAAUUAUAUUUUCAGUUUUAGUAACCUUAUAUCGUGACUCGUAUUGGCAACUAAUUGCAAUUAAAUAUUAUACUUAUCGGCCUAUUCGGUUUUUAGCCGUGUUGAAUUUAGUUCGUUUGGUCUACGGCAGGCGUCGCUUAUCCGCGCGAUCUUCACGAGACUUGCGCGAGACUUCGAAACGUGAAGUGUCAGCCAGGUGUCGGUGCUGCAAUUUUGAAAACUGUUUUCCAAACACAAAAAUGAGUUUAAAUGACGAUUACUGCCUACUUUUUUUUUUUUCAAACUUUCCUGAUUGCUAUCAAACCAAACAAAACUUCCGGCUUGAUUACAUCAACAUUCGAAAGAGGGUGCGUGCGUCUUUUGACAACCCCUCCCUGUGUCCGAAAUCGCUCCCUACUCACUAUAUAGGGCACUAGUCCUCAUCUCAUCUCAUUAUCUCUAGCCGCUUUAUCCUUCUACAGGGUC